AUGGUUAAGGAACUUGGAGGGCUUCCCUUGGCUCUUGAGGUUAUAGGUUCAUCUUUAUAUCGCAUGGAAAAAUCAGAAUGGGAAGAGACAUUGAAGAAGUUGCGAGAUCAUGUUCUUGAUGUUCCUAAAGUUUUAAAAAUUUUGAAGGCAAGUUAUGAUGGAUUAUCGUAUUAUGAGCAACAAAUAUUUCUUGAUAUCGCAUGCUUUUUCAAUGGAAUGGAUAAAAAUACUGCCUGUUUGAUAUGGGAACAACGUGAGUUUUUCCCUAAAAAGGGAAUUAAUGUUCUCUAUCAAAAGUCUAUGGUGAAGAUUGGUAAUAAUAAUGAACUAAAGAUGCAUGAUUUGCUUAUAGAUCUUGGAAGUUGGCUGGGGUUCUUUACAAUGUUGGCUCACCAGGUCCAAUGUCAGGGAACGGAUCAAGUUGAAGGGCUCUGCAUUGACUUUCGAAGUAGUUCAAGUAGUCAACCCUAUUUGACGAGUGAAGGAUUUACUAAAAUGACUGAACUUAGGUUACUUCAAGAUGAUUAUGCAGAGUUUGCUCCAGACUUCGUGCCUUCUUUUUCAGGACUGAUAUGGCUUAGAUGGAAAGGAUGCCCUCGAAAAUUUACUCUAAAGAAAUUUCAUCCAGUGAACCUGGUUGUUCUUGAUCUGUCAUAUAGUCUCAUCACAAAUUACUGGAUGGGUUGGAACCACAUUAAGGUGGCAAAAAAUCUAAAAGUUCUGAAUCUGACAGGGUGUCGACACCUAUUAAAGACUCCUAAACUAGCAAAUUGGCUCUUGGAGGUCUUGAUUCUUGAAAAGUGUGAAGUAUUGGCUAAAACUGACAAAUCUUUCAAUUAUCUUGAGAGCCUAGUCAGAUUGAACAUGAGGGGAUGCAGAUAUCUAAGGGAUCUCCCAUAUGGCAUCGGGGGCCUUGAGAAUUUGGUAUCUUUGGAAAAACUAAUCCUGGAUAAUUGUCGUAUGGAAAGAUUACAAGAUCUCUCCAACUUGAGAAACCUGAAGCAUUUAAAUGCUCGCAAAUGUAGAAAACUAAUGGAGAUUCAGGGCCUCGAUCACUUGGAAUCCUUGGAGACCUUGGAUUUUGGGUGGUGCUUGUCUAUGGAAAGAUUACCAGAUCUCUCCAACUUGAGAAACUCGAAGCAUAUAAAUGCUCGCCAGUACGAAAAACUAUAA